UUACGUUUUCCCUUGAAAAUUAUUUUACAUACAAAAUCAUUUCCCCAAAAUUUUUUAUCGUUAAAACAAAUGGAGCCUUAGGAGUUAGGACCCUUGGCCCUUAGCCCCUUAACCACUUCCUCGAUUCAACUUGAGGAAGGUGUCCAUCACGCAGCGAGCUUCUGUAAGACUGUAAGACGAAACCACCAAAAGAAAAGGGGAACACAAAAAAAUAAAAAUAAAAGCGCCAAAAUCACCGGCAAACAAAGUUGCGAGAAGAAGCAUGAAGUCCCAACUAGCACCAGCAUACCGCCACCCAGUUAAAUUCAGAAUGCCAACUGCAGAAAAUCUAGUUCCAAUUCGAUUGGACAUUGAAAUUGAUGGUCAGCGAUAUAAAGAUGCCUUUACCUGGAACCCUUCAGAUCCUGAUUCAGAAGUGGCAGUGUUUGCAAAAAAGACCGUAAAGGACUUGAAGCUCCCAACUGGAUUUAUAACUCAGAUUGCCCAGUCAAUUCAAUCACAGCUGACCGAAUUUCGGUCAUAUGAAGGCCAAGAUAUGAUUGUUGGUGAGAAGAUUGUCCCCAUCAAGCUAGAUCUUCGAGUAAAUCAGACUCUUAUCAGAGACCAGUUUUUAUGGGACUUGAACAAUAUGGAAAGUGAUCCUGAGGACUUUGCAAAGAUCUUCUGUGCUGACAUGGGAAUUGACGAUCCUGAAGUUGGACCUGCUAUUGCUUUUGCCAUAAGGGAGCAACUUUAUGAGAUUGCAGUCCAAAAUGUAACCUCGGCUAAGGAGAUUAGAGUAAGCAAGAAGGGUCGUCGUGGAAUUGAGUACAUGCCUGUUAGCAAAGCUGGCGUUACUGCAGUGGAUUUGGCUAAGUUGUUUGGCAGCAAAUCAAGUGUCAUUCGGAAAAGAAAAGAUUGGGAUGUGUAUGAACCAAUUGUUGACAUCCUCUCAAAUGAGGAAGUAGAAGCACUUCAAGCAAGAGAAGAUAAAAUUGCUCGUUGAGUAGGUGACAUGAUUUGCUGGAAGCAUAUGCUAGGACAUUGUGAGGCAGUGUUAUGGAUAUGUAGAAGAAAACUUAUGCCUUAAAAGGUUAUGUAUUCGUACUGCAUAGUACUCGACUGGAAUUGCAACGAUUAACAUUUGAGUAAUUCGAAAACGGGGAUUACCUGUAAUGUUCAUGCAGUUUAAUAUCCGGCAAAUUGAUUAAGCAAUACAAGCAUUGGAUGAAG